UUGAGUCAAGUACGUGAUACGUAUUAAGUGGUUAAUUCAUAUUUGCCAGCACACUUAUGCUUCAAUAUAGAUAAAUAAAUUGAACAAGGGCUUGUAUCAAGUCGGACAUCACAUUUCAAACAAAUCAAUGGCAGCUGAGUUACCUAACGCGUCAAAUGAAAAUUCUAAAAUGAGUGUAUGUUGUUUAGUACAUUCCGAUAAGGAGUGUACAUUCGUAUGUGGAGAUUGUACAGAGUUGAUUUGCGAUGAUUGUGUUGGUACAGAACAUCAUGCGGAUCAUGAUAUUAAAUCCGUCAAGAAGUUUAUCAAAGAAGUAGAUCUACAGGAUUUAAAGGAAUCAUGUGAAAAGUUUGACUGUUUAAAAUUCAAGGCAAAAAUCUUAGAUGAAACAGAGAAGCGGUUCCAAACAGCCAUAGAUGGAAUACAUUCGCAGGCUUCUAAAAUGAUAUCUGAAAUCAAUAAAAUAAAAGAGAAGAAAAUACGUGAGUGUGAGAAAAGAAAAGAAAAAAACGCUACAACGUUGAAUAAAGUUCUUGCUGUCGUUGACCCGUCAGAAAUAACAGACAAAUUAGAUAAUCUACCGAAGAAAGGAGGUCGUACGCAAUAUGCAGAAGUUGCUCAGGCUUUAUUGAAAUACCGAACAACUACGGAAUCGGAAGAGUUCGAGACAAAAGAUGACGCAUCUGUAUAUUUUCCAACUUUAACACGUGGUAAAAUACAAAAAUCCCACUUAGAGAAACUAUUUGGUGAACUUAAUUUCGAAAAAGAAGAUGUAGACUACUUGUUUGAUAGCGAUGAAGAAAGUACUGAAGGUGAAAGUAGCGAUGAUAAAAGUAAAAUUAGUGAUUGUGAAAGUCAAAGAAGUGAUGAUGAAAGUAAAAGUAGUGAUAGCGAAAGUCAAAGAAGUGAUGAUGAAAGUAAAAGAUGUGAUGAUGAAAGUAAAAGUAGUGAUCAUGAAUGUGAAAGUAGUGAUAAUGAAAGUGAAAGUAGUGAUAAUGAAAGUGAAAGUAGUGAUCACGAAAGCGAAAGUAGCGAUGAUUAAAAUGCUAAGACCCACAUCAAAUAAAAAAAAAGGAAAUAACAAAGAAUCUGAUGAAGCCGUGAAAAAUAUUGUUAAUCUUGACAAUCUAUUUUUUUAUAUCAUACAUUUUCAACCUGGGCUAAAUACAAUUAUAAUUAAUAAAGUCGUCUUCAAAAUGUAAUUACAUAGGGAAAAGACUGUUUAGUUUCUUGAUGAGAAACGUAUUACUUGAAUGAUGUUCACUGUCAUGAUUAUUUUGUCCUUCUUGGUCGUUAGAUAUUUGAACGUAAUCAAAUAUUGAAACAUAGUUUGUAUUUAGACAGAUUAAGAUUCAAAUGACACUUCAGAAAGGAUGAUGAAAUUAAUAAUGAGGUUGGUAUCCUCGUUACUCACUCUUUUUCGAGACGUAAAUAUGACAAACUAAGGGGUCUAUUUUUAACUAAUUUGUGAAAUAUUUCCCCACAAUUUCAAAAUGUGAAGAUAGAGACUAGCAAUUUUAUUUGUUACAAUGAUCAUUAUUAAAAUUUCAUUUGCGCUGUCAUAUUGAUAUUUAUCGGCAAUUUGAACUUUUUCCCUUUGAUCUUACUGCCUGAUAUUUUUAAGAUCAUGGACAGGAUAUUCGAAAAUAUUAGGCAAUGACGUCAUGUAUCUGUGCAGCAACGUCAGUUGAUCAAGUCCUUUCGCGUCAAUUUAUCAAUGAAAUGCACGCGACUUCAUUCAUACAAUCGAACAACUAUCCCUACGUUUUGUACGCGUAAAAGUAGUUUUAUAGUAGGGUGCCCAGUCAACAAAUUUGAUCAAUUUGGGUUAACGGAAAAACACACGGCUAUAUUUUAUAUCAUUGGAAAGAAGAGAACAAGCCUCGUAGAAAUAUUGAUGUCGUCGUUGUCUACAGUGGUCACGAUUUUCUUAAA